AUGAUCUAAGAUUUAAUAAAGAAGGUUGAUCUUCUAGUUGAUCCAUAUGAAUUUAAUACAUCUGCAAAGGAAAAAUCAUUAACACUUCUAGGUAUGAAGUUAUUUUUAUUUAGGUGGAAUUGUUAGCAUACUUUUGCUUAUUUUUACAUUAUUUUAUAUAGUUGAGAUUAUAUUCAGAUUCAAUGAAAAUCAGAAUUAUAUCUAUGCUGGGACUCAAUCAGAGACAUUUCCUGAACUUAUUUUGAAUUAAAACAAUACAAUAUUUGCAUUAGAAUUAACAUCCGAUAAUGGAUCAAUCUUAAGCAAUAUGACUGAUUUAUUAAAGUAGAAAUUAAAUAAUCAUACUUAGUUAUAUAACAAUAAGUGCAUUUUAUGUAUAAUAAUCAAGAAUUGAAGGAAUAUUAGGAUCUACUAAAAAUUAUAGUUAGAUGAAAAAAGAAAAAUGUUCUCAAGCAGUAAUCAAAAAAUUAAAUUUCAAUCCUGCAUCUAUGACAGAAGAAUAGAAAGAAAAUUUAAUUUGCUUUUCAGGACAUUUUGAAUUAUCGGGAUAAUAUUAUGAUCCAAAAUUUAACUACAUAAAAAUAUCAGUUGAGAUAUGUGAUAAUAUGGUGAACAAUAAUUGCAAAGAUGUAAAAGAAAUUGAAGAAUUUAUACAAUAAGGGUAUUAAUUCUUAAAAUUUAUGUUCUAGUAUAAAUGUGAACUUAUUUAUUCGAGGGUCUAAGAUUAAAUAGAAAUUAGACCCUAUCACUCCAGAUAAUGUUAGUCCAGUCAAUAUUUAUUCAAGAUUAAUGACUAUGUUAGGAAAUCGAGAAAAUAUUUAUUUGAAACCAAUAUCUAUGGAUAUUAGUAAUUCAAAUUUAAUCAAUAAUAAUAGAAAAAAUUCAAUUUUUUUAUGAAAUGUUUGGAAUUGAGGAAACUUAACAAUUAUUUAGUGGUUCAAUUGUAGAAAAAAAAGAAACUAUUAUGGAACCAAUAUCAAUUAAGCCUUAAACUAGUUUAUGCAAUUUAUAUUUAAGGUAAUAAAUAAUAGGAUAUAUAUUUUUAGAGUUUCUUCAGAUUCUUCUUUUUUCUUUGUAAAAUAGUAGGAUUUAAUUUCAAUAGUUUUAUCUGCAAUAUCAGAAGGGACAGCUUUAUUAUUUGCUGCUAUGCAGUUUAUCAAAUUCUUUUAUAAAUAUUAUAAUUAACAUAAGACUUUAGAAGUGCUUAUGAAUUAGAUUUUUAAAUUUGAUAUGUCAAAAGUUAAGUAAAGAAGAAUUAAAAAAGCAAUUACUAAUUAAUAAACAUAAAUUCUAGAGGAACAAUUAGAUUAAGUAUUUAAUAAUUGAAAAAUUUUAGAUUUUAAAACCAACAGUUGAUUAUUCAUUCUAUAAAUAUAUUAAGUAUAUAAUACAACAUUGUUUUAAAAAAUUUAUGGUAGAAGCAGAAGAUACAGAAUUAAUUAUUUCAUAAAUAGCUAAAGAGAAGAUAGAAUAUGAUUUAGAUCUUUCAAACAUUUUGAAAAAAUUGUAUGAAAUUGAUUGUUUAAAAUUAUUCUUAUUUGAUGAUGAUUAAUUAAUGAUUUUUAAUUCAUUUAGUUUUCCAGUAUUUACAGAUUAAACAGAAUAAUAGAGAUAGACUUUUUUAUAAAUCGAAUAACUAUUGAAUUAAGGUACUAAAAUUCAACAAGUAUAAGAUUAUGUAAUUGAAAAUGAUCAAUAAACAUGUCAGUAAUAAAUUAUUAAUUAAUAAAAAUAAGAUUGUAAUCAAGAAUGAUUGGAACAAAUUAGGGUAUGUUAAGUUCUCAUUAAAUCAGAGAUGCUGAUUAAUCUAAAAGUAAUAUGAAUUAUAUGAUUAGUACCAAUAACUUAACGAUUAGCAAAAAUAAAUUGGUUCUUUAAGUCUCAAUUAAUAGUAGAUGCAAAAAAUUUAAAUUUAAAUUAUGAAAGGAUAUACAAAGAUGAUAAUGAAAAUAAAUCAAUGAAUUAAUAACUUAUCAAAUUUACUAAAUUAAAUAAGAGCUUAUAUGAUUUAAUAAAGUGUAAUACCCAGAAAUAAAGUUAAGCUUUAAAUUAAUAAGUGACUGAAAAUAAUUAAAAUGUGAAUAAUUUAAAUCAUUAAAACAUUGAGGUUUUUGAAUCCUAAGAAGAAGAAAUUAAUGAUGAAAGAGUAAGGGUACCUCAUAGAUUUAUUACAUAAAAUAUUUGA